CUAAGAAUGGAUGAUUUCGACGAUGAUUCCUUCAACGAUGUUCUGGGCUCCAUGGAAAUGCCCACGGCGGCAAAGCAACCCAAAGUGGUGGAAGUGGCUCCACCGGCGACAACAGUUGCUCCCAGUAGCAGCACCUCCAGUUCCGCACCCUCAAAUCCCGUGCCCGCCAAGCCGGCUUCCAAUCCGCACAGCGUUCUCGUCCACAGCAAACAGCGCGGCAAUCCCAUCCUGAAAUCCAUACUCAAUGUUCCUUUGGAAUACCGCGACGAUAUCAUCCCGGAUUAUGUUGUGGGUCGCACAUCCUGCGUUUUAUACUUAUCACUAAAGUACCACAAUCUGAAUCCCGACUACAUCUGCCAGCGGCUGAAGGCUCUGGGCAAGAUGUACGAGCUGCGGGUGCUCCUGGUCCAGGUGGACACUCCAGAGCCACACAAUGCCUUGAAAAGCCUCACCAGGAUCUCAUUGCUGGCCGAUCUGACCAUGAUGUUGGCCUGGAACGCCGAGGAGGCGGGGAAAAUCAUCGAGACCUACAAGCAGUUUGAGAAGCGGCCACCGGAUUUGAUCAUGGAGCGUGUGGAGUCCAAUCCGCAUCAGAAGCUAGUGGCUGCUCUGACCAACAUAAAGCCGGUGAACAAGACGGAUGCCGUCACCCUGCUGCAAACCUUUGGCAAUCUGGGCAACGUAAUCACCGCCAGCGAGGAGCGAUUGUCCCAGGUGAUGGGAUUGGGUCCUAGGAAGGCCAAGAAGCUGUACAAAACGCUGCAGGAGCCCUUCCUCAGCAAGUAGACCUAUAAUUUCGCUCGUCAUUUGAAUACUUUAAUUUCUUAUUAAGCAGAAACUGUACAAAAAUCAAACGCCAUUAUUGUUUAACCACUUAAAUAUAUAACACACUCAUUGAUCCAACUGCUA